GGUUGGAAUAAUCAAGCAGACGCGUGAGAGAGGACGGAAGAGGUAGUGUUUAGCAGGGCGAGUGGGUUGCAGACACAGGAGGGGAGGAAGGGAGGAAGGGGAGCUGCACAGCCGCGCCGGGGCCAUGGCGGCGGCGAUCCGGAAGAAGCUGGUGGUGGUGGGCGACGGGGCGUGCGGGAAGACGUGCCUCCUGAUCGUCUUCAGCAAGGACGAGUUCCCGGAGGUGUACGUGCCCACGGUCUUCGAGAACUACGUGGCCGACAUCGAGGUGGACGGCAAGCAGGUGCAGCUGGCGCUGUGGGACACGGCCGGGCAGGAGGACUACGACCGCCUCCGCCCGCUCUCCUACCCGGACACCGACGUCAUCCUCAUGUGCUUCUCGGUGGACAGCCCGGACUCGCUGGAGAACAUCCCGGAGAAGUGGGUGCCCGAGGUCAAGCACUUCUGCCCCAACGUGCCCAUCAUCCUGGUGGCCAACAAGAAGGACCUGCGCCACGACGAGCACGUGCGCGCCGAGCUGGCCCGCAUGAAGCAGGAGCCCGUCCGCGCCGAGGACGGGCGCGCCAUGGCCCUCCGCAUCCAGGCCUACGACUACCUCGAGUGCUCGGCCAAGACCAAGGAGGGCGUGCGCGAGGUCUUCGAGACGGCCACGCGCGCCGCCCUCCAGAAGCGCCACGGCGCCCAGGGCGGCUGCGCCCACUGCUGCAAGCUCCUAUGAGCAGCAGGAGGGGCACACGGGACCCGGCUCUGCGCCCGCCUCUCCUCCUCGGCCGAAGGAAACCCGGGACAAAAGCCCCCAGGAGGAGGACUAUGGGCCUCUCCAUUCAUCCACCCCUCCCUCCCCUUUGGCUCAUUUAGGCACCAAGGGGAAACCAGAGAGAGGGGCGAUGCUUGGCACUCACCCAGCUUAAGGAACUAUCUGCAGGGCCUUCUUCCUGAUGGUCCUUCCUCUUCCUCAUAGAAUCCUAGAGUUGGAAGAGACGCAAUGAGCAGCAGAAGCAAGGAGAAGGAGGGCCAAAGGAAAAGGCCAGGAGGAAGAGGACAGUGGGACUCUCCAUCCAUCCCUUUGGCUCAUUUAGGCACAAAAGGGGAAACUAGAGAGGGGGAGGAUGCAUGGCACUCAUCCAACUCAAGGAAUUAACUGCAAGGCCCCUCCUCCCACUCCAGUCCUACUCCCUUCUACCGUUUUGGCCAAAGGAAACACAGGGCAAAGGCCAGCAGGAGGAGGACAAUGGGGCUCUCCAUCCAACCAUCCCUCCCCUUUGGCUCAUUUAGGCACCAAGGGGAAGUUAGAGAGAGGGGCAAUGCAUGGCACUCAUCCAACUCAAGAAACUUAACUGCAGGACCUUCUUCCUGAUUGCCUUUCCUAUGACUCCCUUGGGACCUUCUCCCUUCCAUCUUUACUCCUUCACCAAAGGAAACGGUGGACAAAGGUUAUCAGGAGGAGGACAAUGAGACUCUCCAUCCACCCAUCUCUCCCCUUUGGCCCAUUUAGGCAGGGAAACGAGAGAGAGGGGGGAAUGCAUAGCACUCAUCCAACUCAAGGAACUAACUGCAAGGCCCUCUUCCCGCUUGCCCCUCCUCUCCUUCCAAUCCUACCCAAUGUGGCCUUCUCCUUUCUCACCUUGUCCAAAGUGGACAACUACCACCAAGAGGAGGGAGGGAAGGGGAGAAGCCAGAUCCAUUGGAAAACCAGGAGUGAUCAAUGGCACUCUUUCAACUCAACCACAGGGCCUGCUUCGGGCUUGCUCCUCUUCUCCUUCCAAUGUGGCCUUCUCUUUCCCACUUGGCCAAAGUGGGCACUCACUCCUCCACCAGUCAAAGUGCCAUGAGAAGGGGAGAGGAGGAAAGAAGAUAACAAGACUUUUUAUCCGUCCUUGACUUAUGGAAAGAAGGGAGGGAAAGGGGGUGUUCUCCCAAAUGCCUUCAGUUGGGAAAAUGAACCCUCCAGGACGGGGAAAGAAUUCCCUCACAAAAGGGACUGCAGGGCCUUCUUUGUGCUUGCCCCUCUCCUUUUCCUCCGAUCCUCUGGAGGGGUGUGAAUGUAGCCCACUCUUUUUCAAACUGUCUUGGGACUUGCCUCCAGAGCUGAUGAAGAGAGGCCUGAAUGUAGCCUUCCUCGCGAGGGCUUUUCCCAGCUAAAGUGGGACUCCAGAGAGAGCUUAAUGAACUGGGGAAAAAGGCAGGGGGGUUGUCUCCUGCUCUGCCUUUGAAAAGACUACCCAGCUUUCUCUCUAUAGGAAGAGGCCACAAAUAUGCUUCUCCCCUCAAUGUGAGGAACCCCCCCCCCCCAUUCUUGCUGUGGAAUUUGCUUGGAGGCUUUGUAAGAGGUGGGUGGGAGAGGUCAUGGAGGAAGGGAGGGGGGAAAGUGUGUGUGUGUGUGUGUGUACAUGUAAAAGUAUUUUCCUUUGACCGGGUAUGCUGAAGCGGCGUGGCUUUAUCUAAACACUGGACUGGCCCCCAAAGCUCUCUUGGAAAUUGUGUGGUUGAAGGCUUUCAUAGCCGGAAUCACUGGGUUGCUGUGAGUUUUCUGUGCUGCAUGGCCUCUUCCUGAGGCCAUAUAGUACUGAGACGUCUGAGGAUGCCUGCCAUAGAUGUGGGUGAAACAUCAGGAGGCAAUGCUUCUGAAACAUGGCCACACAGCACAGAAAACUCACAGUAACCAUCUCUUGGAAAGUUUUGAUUCUGAUGCCAGGGAAUGAGGGCCUUGCCUCUCCUUUCCUGUGAUUGUUUUUUUUGGUGGGGUGGAAUAGAGGGGGGUUAUUCCUGGCAUGGAUCUUCUAAUAAGGAGAUUUUCAUGUGUGAUCAGAGAGCAGCAGGGCAGGGGAAAUGGGUCGAGGGUUUUCAGGAUUUUAGUGCCUGUUCUCCUUUAAUUCCCCCCCCCCCCCGCAAAUAUUUUGGUUUAUUUAAAUAAAUGAUCUACCUUCCAGAAGAAGAGAGAACCUACUUUGCACAAUUGGGGUGUUUUCUUUGGAGGCUUUGUAUGCACUUCUGCAAUUUGGACAUGGUUGCAUUGCAAAAACCUUUGAAUCAGGACGUCAUUGUGGGCAUAGUCCGGCUAAGAAGCACUUUCCAGUGAAACCUGUUUCUUAAAAAAAAAUGUGUAACCAGAUCUAAGCAUGUAAAAGGACUCCAAAACGAUUUAACCCUGGCUGGUUUGUGUCCCUUUCCUUCUGUAAAACUGACGAAAGCAGCAAAAUCACUGUAAUUGUCUCUUUGUUGUUCCUUGGUGGAAAAACCACUGUCUGUAUUUGUGACAUUUCACGGUUGUUUCAGCCUUGAGUUCAUUUCAAACAAUUGUACACUUUAUUUUCGCAGGCCCACUUUUCUGUGCCUGUGUCAGAAUAAUGUGCUUCUGUGGACCUUUCCACACAUCUGAACAAAAUCCCACAUUUUCUGCUUUGAACUGGAAUAUAUGGCUGUGUGGACUCAGAUAACCCAGUUCAAAGCAGAUAUUGUGGGAUUUUCUGCUUUGAUAAUCUGAGUUAUAUGGCUGUGUGGAAGGGCCCUCUGUUUCAGAGAACUGAUUUCGUCUCCCUUUGCCCUUACUGUUAAAAAACAAACAAAAAAACCCCAGUGGUACUAAGAUCUUUAUUUAAAGAAAAACCACAACACUAAAUUGACCUGCUAAGAAGAGAAGACAUGAAGUUUACAUGAAAUGAUAUAAGCUGUGUAUGCAGUCUUUUUUUUUUUUGUAAAGUAUUAAAAGAUUCUAUGAUUAUGCUCAUGA